GCUAUCAGCCUGGCUGUUGAAGAGCACAUGGACGGGACGAGUGGUGCAUUAUACUGGUUAGUCUACGCCUUAUAUGACCAUGUGCCUAAUGGAGAAGUCCAGUGGGAUCGAGACGUUGCAGCUACCACGCUUUCGAAGGCUUUGGAUCGGCUAUAUAAUUACACCAGAGCGCGACCACCAAGUCGAACACUGGUCGAUCCUCUAGGUGCGUUUGUUGUUGCACUGAAAGAGGGUAGGGGAUGGAAAGAGGCCCACCUACAAGCUGCCAACGCCGCUGAGGCGACUAAAAAUUUACCAGCAAAGGCCGGCCGAGCAGCCUACGUUCCACAAGAUAGCCUAAUCGAUAAUUAUGACCCAGGUGAGUGGGUUUAA